UACGUAUCGCAGCAAGCAUGGAUUCAGAACUGCACGGUCAGAGAAAACAUCUGCCUGAACAGACCUUUCGUCCAGAAGAAAUAUGAAAAGGUUGUAAGCGCCUGCCAUCUAGCGGACGAUUUGAAGAAAUUUCCCGGUGGGGACUUGUCGGAGCUGGGGUCAAAGGGCGCCAACUUGAGUGGUGGACAGAGGCAGAGGGUGAACUUAGCGAGGGCAGUUUACUCGAAGGCUGACCUUUAUCUUAUCGAUGAUUCGCUCAGUGCGGUUGACCCGCAAGUGGCCAAACAUAUUUUUAAGGAGGUCAUCAGUAGAGAGGGACUGCUAAGAAAGAAGACCAGAAUAUUCGCCACGAAUUCGAUUGGAUUUUUACCGGAAAUGGAUUUGAUAAUAGUAAUGAACAGUGGAGCUAUCGAGUGCAUUGGUACUUAUGGCGACAUAAUGAAGCACAAGGGGGAUUAUUUCACCUUCCUCCAACAACACGCAGACUCGAUUAGGGAGGAAUCCGCUGACAGAGUGGCAAAGAGGAGUUUAAGCAUUGGGCCCGGGUCCAUUACCCCUUUCAGAGAAGAAGGAUUAAAUGCAGGGCUCGCUAGGUUAUGUAUAACUCAAAAAAGUUUGACAAACCUUGAGAAUGAGAAAAUGAUUGAAUCAAAUAUGCAUUAUGACGUAGACGAAUGGCAGCCCAACACUUUCACGGCCACAACCAGCCAGAUAAAUGUUGAAAAAGUGGACUCAGGCCAGAUAAGGUGGGGGGCCAUAGGUGAUUACAUAAAAUCAGGGGGCUUAUUAAUAUUCAUGAUCGUUCUGAUCGGUCACCUGGCUAUGUUAAUGAGCCAGUGCGCCUCCUACAUUUGGAUACAGAGAUGGACAGACAACAUAACCAAUGAGACGCUAGAUCAAUAUGUGACGUCAUACGGCGUCAUAGGAUUGGUCGAAGUCAUCUCCAUCAUCAUCAUCUCCCUGAUGAUGGCAUUCGGUUUUUCGUCGGCUUCAAAAGCUCUCCACGAUAAAGCAAUCAAAAGAUUGUUCAGGGCCCCAAUAAGUUACUUCGACACGACGUCCCCCGGCCAGAUUUUCAACUACAUGAGCACCGACCUUGACACGGUGGACUGUGCCCUACCCCUCGAUGUUCAACUCUGGCUCAUCAGCUUCUGCGUCAUCAUUUCUAGUAUCGGAACAAUCGCAUACGCCGAUCCCAUCUAUUUGUGCAUCACCUUACCUAUCAUGCUUGUCAGCGCUAUUGUGCAGCGUAUAUACGGGCGCAGUGCCAUUCAGUUGAGACGGGAGUAUGCAUUGAAGAAGACGCCUGUCUAUUCGCAUUUUGAAGAAAGCAUAUCUGGCGCGGUCUCAAUUCGAAGCUACGGCAAGCAGAAACUUUUCAUGUCCAAGGCCGACAGACUCAAUGACGAAAGUCACAAACCCUGGCACAGUUACCUGGCUUGUUGGAGAUGGUACACGCUGUACAACGAGACCAUGGGUGUCCUGGCCAUAUUCCUCACCGCCAUUACGGCUGUCAUCGUGGAAAAUGAAAAGUUCCCCGGUCGCGUUGCACUAGCCCUCUUCAGUAUAUUCCAGAUACUGCCACACAUUCCAAUUGCGACGAGAAUGAUGAUUGAAAUUGAAGCCCACAUAGUUGCUGUUGAGAGGCUGAUGAAGUGUGCUUCCAUUCCGCAAGAGGCCCCUCGCCAAUCGGCAAAAGGUCACGAGCCCCCAGAAAGCUGGCCCACGGAAGGUCACAUAGAGUUCAAGGACCUCUGCGUUAAAUAUCGACCUGAUUUGAAGGAUGACUGUCUUAAAAAUCUGAACUUCGACAUAGUUCCUAAAAGCAAAGUCGGUGUAGUCGGUGAAACAGGAGCGGGAAAAUCCUCAAUAAUAAUAUCUCUUUUUAGGAUGAUGGAGGCCCGUGCCGGUUCGAUCAGUAUAGACAACCGUAACAUCGCCAAUGUUGGUUUGCACGAGUUGAGAUCUAAACUAACUUGUAUUCCGCAGGAACCAAUCCUAUUUUCCGGCACGUUACGUAGCAACUUGGAUGCCCUACGCAACCACACGGACCAACAGAUAUGGAACUCCCUGGUUCAAGCCCAGCUAGAAGACUUCAUCAAAAAAAACAUGGCUGCCGGUCUGGAUCACGUGAUCAACUCGGAGGAUGAAGUUUGCGUAGGCCGGCGCCAGCAAAUAUGCCUGGCCAGAGCUCUUCUGCGAAACUCGAAAAUAAUCUUACUGGACGAGCCUACUGCGGCUGUUGACUACCGAACCGACCAGACGAUCCAGGAGGUCAUCAGGAAGGAGUUCAACGAGUCGACCAUCGUCACUGUCGCCCACAGACUGGCCACCGUCAAGGAUUGCGACAAAAUACUGGUACUAGAUUUUGGUCAGGUCGUAGAAUACGAAGCUCCGGAAAAACUUCUAGCCAAUCCGAACUCGAAAUUCUCUCAGAUGAAUAAUGCCGCCAAAAUGGAGCAAAUGUGA